GAAAGAGAGAGAUGAAACCUAUGUGAUAAGCAAGAGUUUUUGUAGGAGUUAGAGAGAGAAGGAAAGCGACUGCCAUUUUUGGUGGCUGGUACCUCUCCAGAGAUUCGUUCCCGAUCAACGCAGAGAAGAGAGAGAAUAGAGCCUGUGUCCGGACUCCAUUGAAGAGAGAGAGAGAGAGAUUGAGAGAGUGUGAGAGGAGUGUCGUGACUGUGGAAGAACAGUGGAUCUCUUAUGUGCGUUCUUUCCUGAGCUGUUUCCAUUUUACUUGUUUUGUGGGGAUCAAGAAAAAGUAGAGAGAGAAUAGAGGAGAGAGAGGGGGUUGGGUCGAGGGUCAGUGUGCACAGAGAGGUUUGCUGUAUGUCAGAUUGUAACAACGCCAGUUACUACGGCGGUUUCGGAGAGCUUGCAAAUCCCCUGCAAUGGCCACAACUCAGGAAAAAGCGACGCUCUGUUGCACCUCUAAUGGAGCCAUUGGUGGUAAUAAUGCGCAGUCGAGAGAAGGAGCUCGUUCCUCCUCUGUCGUGGUGGAGAAGGCCGCCUCUGCUCCUCUCACAAGAGAGGCGGUUUCUGCAGAGGUGCCUGAAUGGACAGAUGAGAAGCAAAAUCUCGCCCUAACUGGUUUGAUUCACCCUGUUGAUGCGCUCCACGAACCGCCUGCUAAAGGUGCUGGGAUACAUGUGAUGAUGAGGGCUCAAACCAGGCAUCCAUUGGAUCCACUUUCCGCGGCGGAGAUUGCAGUGGCGGUGGCUACUGUCAGGGCUGCUGGGAAAACGCCAGAGGUGAGGGAUGGCAUGAGGUUUAUUGAAGUGGUAUUGUGGGAGCCAGAUAAGAGUGUGGUUGCAUUGGCAGAUGCGUACUUCUUCCCCCCUUUCCAACCCUCUCUACUCCCCAAAACCAAAGGUGGCCCUGUGAUUCCCAGUAAGCUUCCUCCAAGGCGAGCUAGGCUUGUUGUCUACAACAAGAAGUCAAAUGAGACAAGUAUCUGGAUCGUGGAACUUACUGAGGUUCAUGCAGCGACACGAGGUGGCCAUCACAGAGGAAAGGCGGUAUCCUCUGAAGUGGUUCCAGAUGUUCAGCCUCCUAUGGAUGCUGUGGAAUAUGCCGAGUGUGAAGCUGUUGUCAAGGAUUAUCCUCCUUUCAGGGAGGCAAUGAAAAAGAGGGGUAUAGAGGACAUGGAUCUUGUAAUGGUCGAUGCAUGGUGUGUUGGUUAUCAUAGUGAUGCAGAUGCCCCAAGUCGCAGACUUGCAAAACCACUUAUCUUCUGUAGAACUGAAAGUGACUGUCCAAUGGAGAAUGGAUAUGCACGCCCCGUUGAAGGAAUUCAUAUACUUGUUGAUAUGCAAAACAUGGUUGUUAUUGAGUUUGAGGACCGAAAGUUAGUUCCCUUGCCCCCAGCUGACCCUUUGAGGAAUUAUACCCCUGGAGAGACACGAGGGGGCAUUGAUCGAAGUGAUAUUAAACCCCUUCACAUCCUUCAGCCAGAGGGUCCAAGUUUUCGGGUUAAUGGAUAUUUUGUGGAAUGGCAGAAGUGGAACUUCCGAAUUGGUUUCACUCCUAGAGAGGGCCUAGUGAUAUACUCUGUGGCAUAUAUUGAUGGAAGCAGGGGUCGGAGACCUGUAGCCCACAGGUUAAGUUUUGUUGAGAUGGUUGUUCCCUAUGGGGAUCCCAAUGAACCACAUUACAGAAAGAAUGCAUUUGAUGCAGGAGAAGAUGGCCUUGGAAAAAAUGCACAUUCACUAAAAAGGGGUUGUGAUUGUUUAGGCUACAUCAAAUAUUUUGAUGCUCAUUUUACAAAUUUCACUGGGGGAGUGGAAACAAUUGAAAACUGUGUCUGCUUGCAUGAGGAAGAUCAUGGAAUAUUAUGGAAACAUCAAGAUUGGAGAACUGGGUUGGCAGAAGUCCGGAGGUCAAGACGGUUAACUGUAUCUUUUAUAUGCACUGUGGCUAAUUACGAAUAUGGAUUUUUUUGGCACUUUUAUCAGGAUGGGAAAAUUGAGGCUGAAGUGAAGUUAACUGGAAUUCUCAGCUUAGGAGCUCUGCAACCUGGUGAAUCUAGGAAGUAUGGAACAACAAUAGCUCCUGGCUUGUAUGCUCCAGUUCAUCAGCACUUCUUUGUUGCUCGCUUGGAUAUGGCUGUAGAUUGCAAGCCUGGGGAAGCACUUAAUCAGGUAGUUGAGGUGAAUGUCAAAGUUGAGGAGCCAGGAAAGAAUAAUAUUCACAACAAUGCAUUUUAUGCAGAGGAGGAACUGCUCAGAUCAGAAUUGCAAGCAAUGCGUGAUUGUAAUCCGUUGACUGCUCGGCAUUGGAUCGUUCGGAACACCAGGUCUGUCAACCGAACUGGGCAAUUAACUGGCUAUAAGUUGCUGCCUGGCUCAAAUUGCUUACCCUUAGCUGGUUCAGAGGCUAAGUUUCUACGGAGAGCUGCCUUCUUGAAGCACAAUCUUUGGGUUACUGCAUAUAAACGUGAUGAAAAGUAUCCUGGAGGAGAGUUUCCUAAUCAAAAUCCACGUAUUGAUGAGGGCUUGGCCACAUGGGUGAAGCAGAAUAGACCUCUGGAAGAAAAUGAUAUUGUUCUUUGGUAUGUAUUUGGAGUUACACACAUACCUCGUCUUGAAGAUUGGCCUGUCAUGCCUGUUGAUCGGAUAGGGUUUAUGCUUAUGCCUCAUGGUUUCUUCAACUGCUCUCCGGCUGUGGAUGUUCCCCCCAGUUCAACUGAGACGGAUCUCAAGGAAAUUGGGGUGCCAAAGCCGCUUCAGAAUGGGCUUGUUUCAAAGCUUUAAACUUGGGUGAUUUUCCUCUUGCUAUUGUGUCUUAUUUAGUUGCUGCAAAGGCCUACAGAGCUAAAAUCUGUGUUGCGAAUGCUGUUCUUGGUGUGAGACUGUUUUCUCCCCCCAAAAGAAAAAAAAAUCCCUUGUAUUAGUUUUCUUGUUGUUUGUUGACUCUGUUGUUGAUGGACUACCAGUUUUAUGCGACUUUGUAGUGAUGGAUUUCAGAAUCUCGUGUAUUCAUAGCAUUUGUAAUUUUGUGCGUUUUAUUA